AUGGGUUCAAAACAUUACAUUGGCCUAAUCAACGCCACUGCUGGUUCUUAUUUGGCAAACACUGAUCCAUUUGUCAGCGAUGAGUUCCGGGUGAUAUUUCAGUGGAUCUGCUUCACCGUUGUUUGCCAGAGCAUCGACAUCUUUGGAACUGUGACCAACAUCAUUAACAGUGUGUGUUUUAUCAAGCAAGGAUUCAAGGACCCCAUCAACGUUACUUUAAUUGGCCUAUCAAUAUCUGACUUGGGAUGCCUCGUGACUCUUAUCUGGCUGAAUAUUUGCUUCACGCCCUCCUUCCAACAAGCUGAUUUGCCUUUUGAUCCAACAGGAAUCUUAUAUCUCACUGCUGGCUGGCCUCAUGUCAUUUUCACCCGUGUCACAAGCUGGAUAACUGCCUUCAUCACGCUAGAAAGGUGUUUGUGUAUUGCACUGCCGUUAAAG